AUGUUCAACAACCAGGCGGAGCAGGCCCGCUUCGAAAUCAUGCAUCAGGUCAACCUGCGUCAGACGUCCGCGGAGAAGCGCUUUGCAGGCUAUUGUAUGCAAUAUGGCAUCCGCCGUGCCGAACUGGGUCUGGAUGAGACUGUUUUGCCAAUGCCAAUGAGUCGCACAGAUCUGGCCAGCUAUCUUGGGAUGAAGCUCGAAAGCCUGUCCAGGGUCAUUUCGCGCCUGCAGUCGCGUGGGCUGAUAGCUGCACGUCGGCAUCAGGUAACGUUUGAAGAAAAAAGUGGCUGGGCGUUCAAGCCCGAAGGCGCGUGCAAAGGUGACGUCUGCAUUCCGCUGUCGGCUGAUGUGCUUGCUGCGGAUAAUGCUGAAACUGUCGAGCUGGCGUCUAUCACAGAGGCGCUGGGAUUACCCAUGCUGGUCGACGAAAACCAUGGUUUAUACGCGGUCGGACCGGAGUCCAUUGGUGCUCGCGCGCUGGUCACUGCUGAUGCGCCCAGCCUGGUGCUGCCGGAUCUUGAUGGUCAGCCGUUUGAUCUGGCGAGCCUGCGUGGCCAGAAGGCCCUGCGCGAAGAAUUACAUCAGCAAAAUUUUGAACUGGUUACCGUUGGCCUGGAUACACUGGGUGAACAAGGUUGCCGCGCUUACAUUGAAGCCGCCGCGCCACAACAUCCGGCGCUGAUUGAUCAGCACCAUGUGCUGGCAGAGAAAUUUGGUGUGAUCAAUAUACCCAGUGCGAUCUGGAUCGAUGAACAGGGGGUCAUUGUGCGUCCCGCUGAGGCAGCGCCCGCGCCACCUCAACCUGAAACACAACAGGCGCCGCCACCAGCGGGUGAUGCGCCAGCCAUGCCUGAACGUUUUGUUGAGAUGAUGGGCGAAGCGGUAAAAAUAAAAUCUGAUGCACAGGCGUAUCACGCCGCGCUCCGGGAUUGGGUGGAACAUGGCGCCGAAAGUCGUUUUGCUUUGUAUCACUGGGUCAUGCCCAUUUCGAACUCGCCAGUGCUCUGGAACUGGCCGGAGCGCAUGCUGAGGCGAUACCCCACUUUCGUAAGGCGCAUGAAUUAG